AUGAAUGUAUCAAGUGAGCCAGGUUAUGAACCAAGUUAUGAUAUCACUCCAGUAAGUUAAUUUUGAAAAAAAAAACAAAUUUCAGAGUUACAAAUUGAUUAUUUCAGAUUCGAACAACGGCAAACAUCCUAUGGAGUCUCACAGCAAUCAUUGGAAUUCCAGCAAAUAUUUUUGUUUUGGCUGCAAUCGUCUACUUCAGGUAAACAUUGAACUAUAGUUUUUGAAUUGAUAUAUUUCAUAUAUGGUCUGUUUCUGACAAUCUAGAAUUAUCUAAAUUAUGGAAGAAGUCGUGUAAUUUUGAAAUUCUGAAAAAUAAAAGAACCAACAAAACAUCUUCCGACAAUUAAUGAUAUACAUUUCAAUUCAUUUUCAUUUUAAAAUUAUCCUUUCCAAGUUCUCAUUUCAAAACAACUUUAAAAAGGAACAUAUUUUUGUUAUUUUGCAUUUCAACUCAAAAAUGAUUAAAACCAAAUGAUUCUUGGUCUAUUUACUGCUCUCCACAAACAUUUUUUUCCAAAUAAAAUAAAAUGAAUUAUUUUCAGGGAUAUGCGAACCAUCUCAAAUAUUUACAUCUUCAAUUUAGCUGUUGCUGAUCUUUUGUUUCUUCUUGGAGUUCCGAUUGUCGUUUUUAGUCAAUCUGCAAAUGGCGAUUGGACUCUUGGAGUUACUAUGUGCAAAUCGUUUAUCUCUGGAAACGCGGUACAAUUUUUUUAAGAUAAAAAAUCACUAUGUUUGAUGUUUUUAAGGUUUCACAAUUUGCAUCAGCAGUUUUCAUUGCGAUUCUGUCAUUUGACAGAUUUCUGGCGGUUUGUCGACCAUUAACAUCAAGUUCUUUGAGAACUCCACAAGCUGCAAUCGCAUUGUCGAUAACUGCAUGGGCUAUGGUUAUUUUUGAAACUAUUCCUUUGAUGGUUUUUGUUGAUGUUGUCAAAAUUAACCUUGGUUUGUUUCUUUUUUCUCCGCAUACACGACAAUUAAAAGUUCAAUACAUAAAGAGCAAUAUGUAAUUGUUCUUCAUAAUUUUAGUUUCAAAAAUGUGCAACUCGGAAGUGUUUUUUCUCCGGAAACGAUGAGGUUUCCGACAAGUUAUGUUCACAUUUUUCCAGGCCAUCAUGUCAAAAAGACUUGCAUUUUGUAUCUUGGGGAGCAAAAAUAUCUUGAUCUCAGUAAUGAUUCGGACGAUGAAAUUGAGACCGUCGAACAAAAUAUGAUGAUGUCUAGAAGGUGAACAACUAAAAGGAUUCAAAAACCGAAAGUAUAUUUUACAGAUUCUUCAUCAGUUAUACAUUUGCAUUGUCCUAUUUAAUACCCUUGAUUGCUGUCUGGUACUUCUAUGUCAAAAUAAUCCUGAAAAUGUGCAAACGACGUCGUCAUACAUACCUCAAAAAGAACGGCCACACGCAAAAAAACGACAAAAGUUGGUUUUUGUUUCCGAAAUGUUUCCGAAAUGGGAGAAUCAUGUUUUCUACAUCACUGAGCUUUGCGUGACAAGCAAAAAAAUCCGAAAAAAAUUCAAACUUCAAUCAUCAUCUUUCAUUUUCAGGUAACAAUAAUGGGUUUGGCAAUUGUUAUUUCUUAUACACAUUGUUUACUUCCAUUCUGGCUUGUUCAAUGGUUCAUUGAAUUGAAUUUGUUCAGCGGGUAAGUCUCACUUUUCUCAUCUUCAUUACUGAAAAAAUCAACAAGGGUGAUCUAAUUAGCACACAAACAUUGAAAGACUGAAAAAAACGGAAGUGAGUUUCGACUAAUUGGCGAAUCCGAACGUUGUUAGUCAAAAAAGGCAAAAAGAAAGAGAAUCAAGUUUCUUGCACUUCUUCUCCUUUUUCUUUGUGGGUGGUUAUAAGAUAGUUUCAGCUAAAGUUCGUGAGGGAUCAUGACUAAUUCUGAUGAUCAAAUUCCAAGAAAGUUUUUUCAUGAAAAUCGUAGAUGAACAAGGACUGAAAAACGUGUUUACAGUAACCCUUUCGCUUUGGUCAGCGUUUCACAUUUUGCUUAUGCACUACAGUACAUCAACUCCGCAGCUAAUCCAUUUCUUUAUGUAUUUUUGUCAGAUUCCUUCAAGAAAAAUGUGAGUUUUCCCUUAAAAAGAUCAUUUCUAAUCUCUAAAUUUCAGAUUUCAAAACUUAUGAACUCAACAAGAUCUGAAAAAUCUGUGACAAAUAAUCUUGCUGAACAAACUGACAGCACAAAACUGUUGAUAACAAGAUCGAAAGAAUCAAGUUUUGUUUCAGCACAACAACCACCUGUAUUAUAA